AUGAUUGAAGAAGACAUCUCAUCCGUGGCCGUGAUGAGAUGCGCGCCUUGUUCUGGCGAGCUCGGAACAAAAUUAGUAGAAAAUGCGAGGCGAAAAUUGAUUUCUCCUAAUUCAUGCUGGCAAAAUGCUUACAUGAGUCUCUUCGCCGGUUGUUCUGAGAUCAUCGCCGACAAGGAGAAGCAAUCUAGGCUUGCUUGGUACCUCAGUGACUGCUUUCAGAAGGAAUCUGGGCGGCCCGCUUUCCCUGCUUGCAGUUCAGAGACUCCCAUUUUGAAAUGUCUGAAGAAUUUGGAUGAGUUCGCGCAUAAAAUCUAUCUUGAGUUCUUCCUUGAAACGAAUUCCAUUUGCCAUCAAUUACAGACUGAUGCAUUCAAGCAUGAAACAGAGAGAUUGGUCAAUGAGCUGAAGCAAUCAGCCCAGUUCGCGGAGGACAAGCUGGGAACCAUUGAAGAAAAAUCUGAGUUGUUGUUACAAAGCUCUGACCAGAUCCAGAAUUCACUAACUUCGAUUGAUCAUCGGACCCAGCAAGUGGCCAAGACAUCGGAAGACGUCGGAGAGCGAAUCCACAAUGUGUUAGAGCAUUCAAAGGCUAUCUUCGAGCAUUCGAAGGGAAUCCAAGCUUCCCAAGCUGAGCUACAAGAAGGGCAGCUAGAGAUGAAGGCAAAAAUGGAGGCGGGCAUGGCACUUCUUAUUGAGUCGUACGAUAGUCUGGACCAUGGGAUUGAGAAACUGAGGAUGGAGGCUGUGGAAAUAGAGAGGGAGAUCAAUGAAGUAGGAGAUUCAAUGACAUUGAAGAUGCAGAGCUUACAAAGCAAGGCAGACGAAAUUGGGAGCGUCGCUGAGAUUUCAUUGGACAAACAUAAAGAGCUUCUUGAUGGACAAUCUAUUGCUCUUGAAGGCCUUGAUUUUCUAACAAAAUUUCAGUCUCAAGCACUGGAAGAAAGCAGGGCCACUCUCCAGAAAUUAGCUGAUUUCGGUCAUAAGCAACAAGAGGAGCUUCUCAGGAGGCAAGAUCAGAUUCAACAAGUUCAUGAUCAUCUGAUUCAAAAUUCGCAAUCGAUAUUGGCAGCUCAGGAAGAAUUCGAAUCGAAGCAGGCUACAAUCUUUGCUGCUCUAGACAAGCUCUUUAUAUUGCACAAUGCCAUUUUGCUCGAGUCACGUUUCAUCAAGACGUUCUUCUUCUAUGCUUGCGUGAUUUUUAGCGUUUAUAUGCUAACAAGCGCAAAGCAAACAUCUGCUGCCAGAGCCCACAUUUAUCUAAGCAUAUGCUUCACAUUCAUGGUCGAAUUCGCACUAGUUCGGCUCGGGCCCAGCGAUCUUGAUCAGCAAUUCGCAGUACAUUCAAAAAUAUUCUGGACGAGAUCUUCAUUUCUAUUGGCUGCCUCUAUUCAGAUUCUAUACUCCAUUUUCACUUACAGGGAUUAUGAGGUCUUAAACCAUCAGAUGCUACUGACUUUAACAGAGAAGUUCAAAGCAAUGGAAGCAAACACAGGCAAAAAUUUCUUAUCCUUGAGCAUGGAGGAUGAUAUCCACUUAUCAUCAUGGAUUGACUCAGAUCUAGCAGAAUCUGUUGUAGAUUACAAUGACAAUGACAAUCGCAACAUUAGAUCGCCGGAGGAAGUUGCAGAGAAUUCGAUCACAGCCACUUCAUUUUCAAGAAGAUAUGAUCUGCGCCCUCGCCUUCAUAAAUGAACUUUUGCCAUUCACAGGUAGCAUACACCAUGAAAAUGUCCUGCACAAAAAAAUUAGAUUGGUCCACUGAUGAAGCAUAUCACAUUUGUAUGAGGAAAAUGGGCAUACUCACAGUGGCUAUUGCCUAAUGAAUGGUCCAGAUUGAUUGCAAGUAUGUCACUCAAUGGUGAGAAAGAGACUAAUGUAAUGAUAGCUGUGAUGUGGGGCCCGGAUUCUAUCAAAACCCUGUCAGGAGAGCAUUGGAUUCGCGAGUAAUUACAAAAUUUUGUGAUGAAAUAUAUAUAGAUGUGGAUACAUUGAAUUUGUGAGUAAUUACAAAUUUUUAUUUAUUAAUUUAGUGUGGAUGAUGUAUUUAUUUAUUAAUUUUGUGAUGAAAUAUACAUGGACAUGGAUAACAUUGGAGGAUU